GACGCUGUCUUUGGACCUGUGGAGAGGAGAGGAAAGGAGCGCCAGGCACACUUUACGCACCGCGCGCCUGUGGAUGUGAGCGAGGCUGAGGCUGGAUAUCAGUCGCCGGACAAAGUUUCUCACUUGGUUGUACUAAUCCGACGAGAGGGCAUUCACCAUGAAUAAUGGAUCCAACCGAACCAUUGACCCGAGCUGCAGGGAGAAACCUCCUCUUGCCAUGGACAUCAUCCUCAAGUUGGACAUCUUUGGCAUCAUCCUGUACUCCAUCCUCACCUUCAUGGCAGCUGUGUCCGUGCUGCUCUUCAUAGAAGAAUGCAUCUACGUCUAUAGGAAAGUGCCGUCCAAUAAGAAGAGCGUGAUCAUCUGGGUGAAUGGGGCAGCACCGGUGAUCGCCACCAUGUCGUGUCUGGGAAUGUGGAUCCCGAGAGCUACCAUGUUUACUGAUAUGUUCUCCGCCUGCUACUUUGCCAUUGUGGUUUUCAAGUUCCUGAUCCUGAUGCUGGAGGAGGUGGGUGGCGAUCAGGCUUUCCUGAAGCGCGCCGCGAGACACAAACUGAAGAUCAGCACAGGGCCGUGCUGCUGCUGCUGCCUCUGCCUGCCGUUCGCCGCCAUCACACGGCGCUCGCUCUUCCUGCUCAAACUUGGCUCCUUCCAGUUUGCUCUCCUGAAGACUGUCUUCACCAUCCUCUCCAUUGUCCUCUGGACCAACGGCACCUUUGAUGUGGCUGACUUGGAAAUAACAGGAUCUGCCAUAUGGAUCAACCCGUUUGUCGGCAUUUUGACCAUCAUAGCCCUGUGGCCUGUAGCAAUCAUGUUCAUGCACCUGAGAGUUACUCUACGGACGCUAAAGAUCGUUCCCAAGUAUGCAAUGUACCAGCUGGUGCUGAUCCUGAGUCAGCUGCAAACGGCUAUCAUCAACAUCUUGGCGUUAAACGGAACCAUCGCUUGCACGCCGCCGUUCUCCGCAGCAGCCAGAGGAUACAUGAUGAGUCAGCAGCUGUUGAUCCUGGAAAUGUUCAUCAUCAAACUGGUGACUCGGCUGCUGUACCGACGACACUACGACCCUUUACCUGAGGAAGAAGAAGAACAUGACGACAAUGAAAACACCAAGAUGGUUGCAGUGCCUGCGUCUGCAUGAUAACUGUGUGUGUGUGUGUGUGUGUGUUUGUGCGUGCGUGUGUGCGUGCGUGUGUGUGUGCAUGUGUGCAUGUCAUUUUUAUUUUUCUGCAUUUAUUUGAUCAAGAGAUAUAUAAUAAAUAUAAUAAAUAUGAAUUAAACCAA